CAGAGCCACUUUAAAAUGUCAUUGCUUUUUCUCUUACUAACUUUUCAGGAGUUGCUCGAUGAUCUACAAACAUUUCUGGGAUCUGAGAACCAUGAGUUAAUCCUGGACGCUCCAGACCCACCGUUGAAGAAGAUUCGUCUACACGAAGAUGGGGUUGGUACUUUGAGUGCAAAUGGAGAGGAGGGCGUCUCUGUUACUGAAGAUGAAAACAUGGCGGCCACGAAGCCUUCAAAUUGGAGAGUGUGCAAUGUUUGCUUAGGGAUUCUUCAGGGAUUCUGCGAGAAGGACUUUAUCACAGAGGUGUGCCAAAAGGUUGAAGCCUCUGGGUUUGAAUUCACCAGCGUGGUUUUAUCUGUGUCCUUCCCACCGCAGCUGUCUGUGAGAGAGCAUGCUGCAUGGUUGCUGGUAAAACAGGAAAUGGGAAAGCAGAGCCUGUCCCUGGGAAGAAAUGAAGUCGUUCAGCUGAAGGAAGCCUACAAGUGGAUAACUCACCCCCUGUUUUCAGAGGAGCUGGGAGUCCCCACUGAUGGGAAGAGCUUGUUCGAAGUGAGUGUGGUCUUUGCUCACCCAGAAACACUUCAAGAUUGCCAUUUCCUAGGUGAAGUUUGCCCAGACUGUUUCAAACCAGCCAAAAACAAACAGUCAGUAUUCACCAGAAUGGCCGUUUUGAAAGCGUUGAGUAGGAUAAAAGAAGAAGACUUCCUCACGCAAUUUCCUUGUCCUCCAGACUCCCCCAAAACUAUAUGCACUGUCCUUGAAGUUGAAUGCACUCAUGGUGCUGUUUUCGUUGCUGGCAGAUACAAUAAAUACUCCAGGAAUCUGCCACAAACUCCUUGGAUAAUUGAUGGGGAAAGGAAAAUGGAAUCUUCGGUGGAAGAAUUAAUUUCAGAUCAUCUGCUGGCAGUAUUCAAAGCAGAGAGUUUUAAUUUCUCAUCCUCUGGACGAGAAGACGUAGAUGUGAGAACUUUAGGAAAUGGAAGGCCCUUUGCGGUUGAGCUGCUGAACCCUCAUCGAGUGCACUUCACUUCACAAGAAAUUAAGGAGCUGCAGCAGAAAAUUAAUAAAUCAUCUGACAAAAUCCAAGUCCGUGACUUGCAGCUCGUCACCAGAGAGGCAAUUGGGCAUAUGAAGGAAGGCGAAGAAGAAAAGACUAAGACCUACAGUGCCUUGAUAUGGACGAAUAGAGCCAUACAGAAGAAGGACAUUGGGUUCCUGGACGACUUAAAGGACUUGAAGAUUGACCAGAAAACACCUCUGCGGGUCCUUCACCGCAGGCCUCUGGCUGUGAGAACACGGGCCAUUCACUCUAUGAAGACACACUACCUGGAUGAGCACCAUUUUCGUCUGCAUCUGAAGACCCAGGCAGGGACCUACAUUAAAGAAUUUGUACAUGGAGACUUCGGGAGAACCAAGCCGAACAUUGGCUCUCUGAUGAACGUGACUGCAGACAUUCUUGAGCUAGAUGUGGAGUCUGUAGAUGUUGACUGGCCGCCGGCUCUGGAUGACUAGCUGUCGCAUUUGACUACAGAGGGGUUCCUGGCAUGACGUGGAAUAGUCUGGAAAAUGGCUGUUUACCCACCAUAGCGGUGUCUUCAAAACCACUUGGAUCAUGUUGAUCUGUUCCUAAAGUUCACUGUAACAUCUCAGGAUCUACGUGUACGCAUAUUUUGUGUUGUGUUGUUCUAAGAAUGCCUUAUUUUUCUCAUUCCCUGUCUCAUGACCACAAAACCAAAAUAAGAGGAAUCAAACCAUUUUCCUUCUAAAUCGUGUUCCUUCGAGAGGCAUGCAGUGGGAGGCACUGUCAGUCAGGAGAGCUGCGAUCUCCUCCAGCACAGUCUCCUCCAGGAGGCGGUUCCUUUAAAGUAAUUUGCUAAGGCUAUGAGAUCAUCUGUGUAAAUGUUACAACUAGACUCAUGUAGAGGAGUUUCCUAGGAUAUUCCAACAUGUCAAAUGUAAAUCUGUAUUAAUAUUUCCCAAUUGCCCUCCAGCAGGCUUCUAUUAUUAUGAUUUGUCAUAGUCCUUAUGACCUCAUGUUACUAUUUUGACAAUCGAAAAUUGUCAGUCUGUGUCUCCUGUAAAGGCAAGUGACAGCCUUACCACUGGAGGUGUACUCUAGACACUGCCUAUGUCUUUUGUCUUUAAGUAAACAGAAACAAGUGCCUUCAGUAACUUUUGUCCCAGGGUUACAAAUUUGAAAAUUUGAUUAUGCUAAACCAAUACAAGCUUAUUUAAGUGUUUCAGUUAUUUUCUAAUUUCAAGCACAAACAAGGAAACAAAAGUUAAAUGACACACUUAGUUACUCUUGUAACCAGCUCUGGAACUGACCAUUGUGUCAGGAUCCUUUCUGUAAACCCUUGUCAGGAGCACCUGCCACACUGUGGAUGACAGUGCCCUCAAGAAUGCCAGUUAGGUUACAAAGCCAGGAGGGUGGCUUCUGGAAUUUGGAUAUCAAGUACCGCCCCCAAGAAGUGGCUAAUGUUUGUCUUAUAUGAUUUCAUAGAAUUGUCACUUGUAAUGGCAUGAUGGAGAGAAAUCUUAAAUAUAUAUUGAACCAGAAAAAGAAGAGUUAAUCAUUAAAAAUGCCAGAAGGGAAGCUCAAUAAAAUUUAGAUUUAAAUAAAACUUUCAUCAGUUAAUGCAA